GGCUGGUCCGCAGAAAAUCUAUGGACAUCUGGUGCAAGUUUCAUUUCCUUCUUAUUAAUGGCUGUGAUGAGAAACAGGGUUUCGUAAGUGGAGAAGUAUUGGUUUCGCAGCACAUAAUACGGCCAAUGAAUCUGUGGCAAAUUCAUGUAACUGUGAUGCAAAGCAAUAGAUAGUGGACAGUGAUGGCAGAAAACUCAGAAAAUUUAGCGUCCAUUGCAGAUAGUUUAUUGGAUAAACUGGCCAAGCUUUUCGACAGAUAUGAAAAGCCAAACUGGAGGAGCAUUAUUAGUGCUUUACCAAAAAGCAUGUAUUCGCCACAGAAGGUAGAAGGAUUUGGGAUGACGGUGCUAAAGGCUAAAGGCAGUCCAACCAAAGCUUUAUUGAAAGAUCUUGGAAGACUAGGGAAAACAGUGUCUGAUUUGAUCGGAUUCUUAAAAGCACUGUCAGAACAAGGCUUAAACGUAAGUGAUGCUCUUUCUUUGCUACAGGGGUCUCAUUCACUCAGCACCUCCAAUGAGCUACCCUCCCGGAUUAUUCGCAUUAUACAGCACCCAGCACCUCACAUAGGAAUAGUGGGUCAGGAGGUAGAGUUGUCAUGUCAAGUAAGUGGCGAAGGUCCUUUGAGUUUCCAGUGGUUUCAUAAUAAAAGUCCUACCAAUGUGAGCACCCCUAUUUUGCGUAUCGUAUCUCUUGACAAAGGCAGUGUUGGCUACUAUAUUUGCCGCAUUUCAAACAGGCAUAGCUGUGUGUUCACUAACUGGGCGCGGGUUGAUUCGAUUCCAGAGCCUUCAGCCAUGUCAGACUGUGCUCCGUUGAUAACAGUUCACCCCAGAUCCGUCUCUUGCCGUCACGGAGAAGAAUUCCGAUUAUUUUGUGACGCGUUUGGCAGCCCGGCACCAGUUUUUCAAUGGUAUUUAAACGACCAGGAAAUACCUAAAGCCACCGGGAAAUAUUACAUUAUCGAAACCGCAGAACCGCUAAGUUUUGGCAAAUACACUUGUGUGGCAAGCAAUAACUAUGGCACUGCAAUGUCAUUGGCUGCGUUUGUAAACCCUGUGGAUGAUAAAAAGCACCAACCAACCCUUGAUUGCUAUAAUGUAAGGGGUGGGAGGCCUUCGGUUGCUUCUUUGCAGUACCACAAUAUCCAUGGUGACUUUCCAGUCAGCAAAGUAGCUCUACUGGUUGGUAAUCAAAACUAUGUGCACGAGAAGGAUCUUGGGAAAAUUGUACACCCACUUAAUGACACGCGCGAUAUCGCAGGGGCUUUGAGUAGCAUUGGCUUUACUGUUGUCUCGUUGGCCGACUUAAAUCUCAGUGAAUUCAAAAAUGCUGUGUCCUUUUUUUGUCAACUUCUCUCUGAGAACGUUUAUGCCUUGUUUUACUUUGCUGGUCAUGGCUUUGAAGUACACGGGGAAAGCUUUUUAAUGCCAGUUGAUGCGACUGCCGCCUUCUCAACGUCAGAGAAUUUUUCCGCCUCAGAGGUUCUUACCAGCAUGGUGAGACAUAAGAGCAAGCUGAACAUGUUAAUGCUAGAUUGCUGCAGAACAAGCGCUAAUUCUUAUUUGGAAAACCCCUUGCCAAAGAUGUGCCAAGGUCUGCAGAUCAUUCAAGGUAAUGUUGUACUUUGUUUUGGCUGCUGUUCAAAUAGCCGGGUGCUUGAAUCUCCAAUGAUGUCCAAUGGUUUCUUUGCAAAAAGCUUCUGCGCACAGGUACAUAAGAACCUCCUGAUCGAUGUGCUCUUAUACGAAGUCAGCAAUAGCAUCCAUAAGCAGCGAAUUGUUGACCCAGCAACAGGUCGACUACAAGUUGUUUACCGUCAUAGCACUCUCGUUGAGCCAAUUUCCCUUUGUGACCCAGUGUCCCCAAUUGCCAGUUUAGAAUUGGAUGUGGAACGACGACUCAAACUUUGGAGAAUCUUGCAUGAAACACCACCCAGCCCGGUGACAGUUUUUCGAAACGACGUAGCAAAGCUUGAUUUCAUUUUCGCAGCUGAAUUUUCUAAUGUGCUUCUUAUCCAAAGUCGUAUUUAUUCAAACACCGACUGCUCAAUCAGAUUUUUGCUUCCAUCCUCGAUUGGAGGCGCAAAGGUUGAUAUUAUGCAAGGUGGAAACGGCGAGAAAGGCUCCGGGCCUCGAGGAGAGAACAGCCCUGAACCACGCUCGGAAGUAGUAAGGAUAUCUAACUUGGAGCUUUUGGAAGGAGAUUUGACUGUCCAUAUUGAGGUCACUUGCGUUGAAAACAACCAGAAGGUCAAACAUAUGGCUUUUUACACCCUUGAUGAGAAACCGUUGUAUGCAAAAAUCAAGGAUUUUUUUUAAAGCUAAAUCUAAGAAUUUGUUAUCAUAUGGGAAAUUUUUGAAUUGAAUUUAAGCAUACACUCAUUAAAUUUUAGCAUUUUAGGUUUACUUCUAGCUUUGAGGGUUUAUGCUUGUGAAUGCUUUUAGAUUUUUGUCUGAAAGAGGGGCUGAUUAUGUCAUCGACUUUGAAUUGGUGGUGCUUUCUUGAAGUGCCUUUAUUGCUUAUUUUCAGCCAUGCAUUUAGCAUCAUAUUUUCCUUAAAGUAAAAAGUCGUCGGACGAUCGAACCACUAUGCUAUCAUGUAGGUGUUUUUGAUUGCCUGCUCUUGCUUUAGGGCCUGUUUGUAUGGAGAAAAUUAUCCCACCUUCCAGCCUGUGAGCUGAGAGGUGAUAUCGCACUCUUCUAAAGAAUCCUUUGUGUUUUUCGUCUUGCGUUUAUAUGGCAAACAAGCCAGCACGGUUAAGUGAGGUUCCACUGCAUGAGAGGUAGGAUCUUACUGAGGUGGGAAUAAUUUUUUCCAUAUGAACACUGGAAGGUGGGAUAAAACUGGAACAUGGGAUGAAAUGUUCACAUAAACGCGAUAAAAUUUCGUCCCUUUUGUCAGCACACAGGCUGAAAGGUGAAAUGAUUUUCUUCAGAUACAGCUGGAAGGUGGGAUAGAAUCUGCAUGUAAACAUUCGAAGAUUUUAUCCCACCUGCCAGAUUAUGGGCUGAGAGGUGGGAUAAAUUUGCUCUUAUAAACGGACUCUUAGUUUGUUUUAUAAAAAGAUUUUGCGUGCACCUUUGGUCAAAGUUUGGGAUCAAGGGAUAUAUGGGAAUCCUGGCACCGUAAUGCAGGCAGUGCCAAUUGACCAUGCUGUACAUUGCUCAUUCCCUUUAAUCAACUGCUACACAGCUCCACGACUUCAAGAUAACACAUAUGAACUAUAAAAGGCUUAAUGCUUGGUGUUUUUAAGGAUAUACCUGAGGGUCAUAAGUGGUCGUCCCAUUGCUUAAUCCUAACAAAACAUGACACAUUUCGAAUCUUAAACAGUUUGGUCACCAGUCGUGAACCUGAUACAGGGUUAGGCAUUGAGUCAUCCUUUCAAAAUGCUCUUCUUUUGGAACCAAUAUGAACUUUUAGAACCGACUUUGGAACCAAAAAACCAGUCAAUCCUUAGCCGGUUGACUUUCGUGUUUCAAAAUACAUGACAUGAGCCAUUCGGGAGACUGGUUGAUCAAUAACAAAACAGAACGAAUCUCAACACGAAUCCAUGCAAUAGCGAUCCACUGUUAUGUAUAUUUGUCAUACAUAAUGCUAUUUCAUUAUAUCGCUUUCUCUUCUUUAUAAAAAUGACCGAAAAAGGUAGUCUUCUACCAUAUCUUUCACGUGAUGUUGGUGCUCUAAAUGACUUUCGUUUGACACUAAUUACAUUUUUCGUUUGAAAAAUGAAUCAUUAGAGGGGAAACACUGUUAGCCUGUUAUUCUAGUACACUUAAUGCUUCCAUCUGAUUCAUUCCUUUAAUCUGCUUAUAACAAGUCUUUUUUCUCAAUUUCAUUAUAUUUUUUGGAGCAUAGUUUCCAACGUUGCCUGGUCUCCGGUCUCCUACUCCAACUUGAAGUGGUUAGCUUUACGUCUUUAAUCUUUCUAUAUUUUCUGAUGAUGCGUCACUGGUGUGCACGAAUGGCCAAAAUCGAAUGUUUUUUGUUGCAUUGAUCGUAGUUCACCCCUGAUAUUCCUGAUUGGCUUCCCGUCGUUUUCUUUUCAUUGCUUUGAUCGUAUUACCAUUCGUAAUUUUUCAGAGUUCUGUUGUGAUUGGUAGCAUCCGUUAUCUUUUUUAGCGUCAUUGCUUUUUAAUAGCUUUUCGGGAUAUCCUUAGGCCUAGGCCAUAGCACAGAAUAGGGAAAACGCAGAAGGUGAACUCUCGGUCGGCACCUUUGAAGUUUGCGUGCACAAACCUCAGGUGGUCAGAGUACGAAGAAACAAGAAGCUUGCGCCAUAAACUCGUUUUGAUACAGAGGUUUGGGUAAGGGAUGGCGACAGUCUCCCUCAGUUGCUGCGAGGAAAAAAAAGUAGAGGCGAAUCAAUGAUUUGUUGUUCAAAUUUUUAAUUACAAACUUUAUCGUCCACUUUGAAAUUACUAAAAAAGGUUUGUAUUCUUAUCUUUUAAACGCUUAGCCCGGUUUUGCGGUCUCAUCAAUGCAGCACUGUAGGAUAGUAAAAUCGGUUACCUUUAAGGUUCCAGUCAUAUCUAUCGACGAGGUUAUUCCACAAACGUGUAGGUUGGCUCCUGUACGAUCGAUAAUGUUCUAGUUUAUUUAAACUCCAUCUGAAUCACAGCCUCAUUCGCAGUGGCGGCUCGUGACUUUCACAGUUGGGAGGGCAGACCAUCAAUAUUGCGAUAAUCGAUAGAAAGGUAGAGUUUGCAAAUUUUUCACUGUAUUCAUGGUUCGAUGUUGAUCGUCAUGGAGCGCAGAAGAAAAAGCAUAUAUAGAUGUGGUUGUUGUUUAGCGAUGAUGUCAUUUCAUGGGCAAAAUUUUCUUGCCCCGAAUUCCUCCAAAUAAGCCAAUCACAGGCCGCGUUUCGCGAUGCUCGAGGUCGAAAAUUAGCUUGUGCGCAUGUCGGCUAGGGGCAAAAAAAACUUUGCCCGUUAAAUGACAUCAUCGCUCAAGGCACUAGCGGGCCAGAAGCGAGGCUAAGGACGAGACGGGAUAGCAAGGAGCUUUUUCUAGAAGAGAUAAAAACUUAUAUAAUUAAACACAGUAAGACUAUCUUCAAAAUUAAAUAUGAAUAUCAUAAAUUUCCUUUGAAUCUUUUUGAGGGGGCAUUGCCCCAGAUGCCCAUUAGCAAGAGCCGCCACUGCUCAUUCGCGCGCGCAUCCCGUGAAAUGACCGAAUUUCACCUUCUGCGUAUUUUCUAUUCUGUGGCCAUAUUUAAUGGUAGAUUUAGAUCUUGUACCAUUGAAUGAGUCCGUUUGAUCGCCCCUACAGACAGUAAUCUCAACCUUUAAAUAUCAACAGUAAUUUUGCACAAACAACCUAAAGAUGGACAUAGAGGAUGCUGGAACUCAUGGAACAAAAAUGAUUUUUUUCUUACCUCUGCCAACCUGCGAUUAUUGUCGUAAGCGUAUGAAAAUUGUGAUUGCUAGCUACAGAAAUUGGUAGUGGGCUCUACAGGAGUUUUUCUUGUAAAUCUGCAGUAUUGGAAAGUGUGUAUAGUAAUUAUUCACAGCUUGUUCCCCCAGGCUGUACUUGAUCAUGCUAGCAAAUUUUCUUUAACGGUAGUAUCAGGCUGGAGAUCCAAAGAAACAUGUUAUUAUCAAGAAACUAAGUUUGAAAAACAAUUUUAAUUAGAAAUUAAGAGAAGAACAGAGUUUCCGUAAGGCUCGCAAUACGGUGAAAAUAUCUUCACGAAAUGGUUACAUAGAAAAAGGAAGGUGUUAGUGCAGCACAGUCCAUUUUGUUCUAAAUUAUUAUAUUUCUUUACACUGAAAUUCAAGCUAAAGUUGCCGUGGAAAAACUUAACAUAAUGUGCUUAUCAACUGAAUUUUUUUAUUCUUCAGUCUUAUUUGCUUUUCCAAGAGAACCAAAAUUUAUUUUUUUUUCGAUAUGACUUAUAUUCUUUAGACUUUAAUGUUUAAUGUACACAAAAAUUAGCAAAACUGCCGUUUUCUUCUAAUGGGCACGGAAAUAACAGUCAAACAAAAUACGUCACAUGUGGAUUUCCUCCAGGAUUUUGUCUGGGCUUUCUCCUUUUUAUCUUGAACCUUGAUGAACUUUGAGGGAUGUUUUAAUUUCUCAAAUUAAUUUUUUUACGUAAAAUACCCACAAAGCAGCUGUUUCGAGAACGCGGAAGGGUUUCCCAUUUGUACAUUUUCUCAAAAGUAACUGUCAAAUAUGCAAAUAACCAAAAUGUGGGUAUGGUGAGAUCCUAAAAAAGUUGAUUGAAAAAAUAAAAAAUUUUAUUAUUUCUCUCUUCUGAUUAUGCUUUAAUUUUGUAAUUUUGUAGAAAUGUAAAUAGUUGGUAUGAAUUAGCUUUUUAAGCUAUGUAUGGCACCAACUGUAAAUAAUUUUAUAAUAAUAAUAAUAAUAAUAAUGGUCGAAGAUUACCGUAUGCAAUAUUAUUAACAUAGCAACGGGUUUGUUACCAGGUCUUUUGCAGUAAAACUCCAUCAAUCGAAAUAUAAUUUCAAAAGUAUCAAAUUUAGGUAAAACAAUUUUAAAAUUUAAUUUGAUCAAGAACCUAGUAUUUCCACUAAAUUUUCACGCCAUUUCUUGCGUUUAGGGUUUCAGCAACUAUAGAUUUCUUUUCGGCAAAAGGAGUCUGGUGCCGAAACAGUUACCAUGACUCACAAUUAAUUUUCCAAUUCUCCUUACACGCCAGGUUUGGUAACAAUCAGAUGAAUGCAACAUAAUUGAAUUAUGGUGUGCUUUUUCAUUACUAUUUCUGGUCAAUAAAAUAAUGUCAAAAAUUUUUUUUUCAUUUUUGAAGGAAAGCUUUUACCUUCUAAUUACAAGAACUUAAACAUUGAUUUCUUGCGAACGAAAAAUGAUAUUGAAGAAAUAAAGAUCGAUGAUGCUUUCAUAGCAACAAGACUAAACAACAGAAAAUCUCGUGUCGUUAACAUUUUGAGGAUUAUUUCUCUUUUAUGGAUCAUGUAGCUACAUGUUUACGUGUUCAACCCCACUAGUUAUAAUUAUUUUUCCAAAAGGAGGCUAUGCAGCUCAUCUAUUUAACAAAGCCUCUUAUGGAAUUUGAGAUUGCAAAAUAAACAUUUAGAUAUAAUUAUUAUAAGAAACAUUUCAGCGCUUAAAAGUGUUUAUUUCCCUGUGACUUUUUAUGCAUCAACAAAUUAGUAACUAAUGAAAUUUACUACAAAAAAAUUCUAACCUAUUUAAUUAUUAAUCUAAUACUCUGUGAAAAGGGAUAUGAAUUAAUUAUUAGAGUAUUGGUUGCCCAGAGAAAACACGUUAAUGAAUUUUUCCAAAUAAUUUGCUUCACCACGUCAAACUAUAAAUUGAUUGGUGGUUUUUGCAUUUGGAAACUUCUUUCCUUUUUACAGAAUCUUCUUUAUUUUUUUUACCUAACAUCAUCGACGAUCCUUUUGGUGGAAUUAGUAACUAACAUAAAAAUUUUAAAACGUUCAAACCAAGAUUAAAACGUUCAUGAUAAGAUAAAGAAAGAUAAGAUAAAGAUAAAACAAUU